UAGCCUUUACACCAGGCAAUAUGUUUCGAUUAGCCACUUUAUUUUUACUCAACUACAUUUUAUUCGUUGGAGGAUUAGUGAAGCAUAUUGCAGACUUGACUGGGUUUGAUGAAUUUGAUGAUAAUGAUUUGAGUUCAGUUAAAAUUCAACCCACGUAUGAGAUAGGGGUGGAAAAGACACCGCUCUGGGUGUUGGAUUUGAAUACUGAGGAUUUGAACGCGUUAAAGCUGAGGAUUGGGAGUCAAAAGGAGGAGGAAGAUUUCGAGUAUGCAGUGGGAGAUAGCAUCAGGAAAUUGGAAAGAUUCGAAAAGUUAUCAAAUCCAAGGGUGAAAAAAGACGAUCCGAUGAAAAAUAGCGAAGAUGUAUCGGACUACGAAUCGGAAGACGCUAAAAAGGACAACGAAAGGCUGCAAACAGAUAUCACCAAAGUUGUGAAUAAGUUUAUUUUGUCCACGAAUGAGCCCAGUGACGCGGUGACUGAAGAUGAACCCUCCCUUUCCCUUUACUUCAAAGGGCCCUACACCUCGUUAACCAUCAGAUCGGGGCGCAUCCAACGACACUACUUCCUCCGACCGCCCUCCCCUCUCCCUGCUUGGUUCAACGCCCCCCACCCAACUGGUGGUGAUAUUAUGGCAAUACCUAUUUCAGUAAGGAACCCCUUGUAUGCAACUCUGUUGCAUUUGCUACAAAUGUUUUUGGGAUAUCCUAUAUAAAAAUACAGAUUGAAAGUUCGUACACACAGUAAUAUCUUGCUAGACCUUAAUACAAUAGUGUUUGAGCGUGAAGUAGAAGGUGAAUUAAUGAAGUAAACCUAUUAAUGUAACAUAAUUCCUUCAUUAAACUAGUUUUCUAAAAGUUGAUUUCGCUAUCACUUUCUGUCAAAGGAUGAUUUUAAUGUGAUAAAAAGAGGUUGUUGUAGUCCCUAAUGGGUUAAAUAUUUUUGGUAAUGACGUCAGUUGGAAUAUAAUAAAACAACAAUAUAACAUAAUAACCAUUUUAUUAAGUGAAAAUAAAAUCAGUUUAUAUGAAAUUAUAAAUUUACUCUAAAGCUAAGUUACACUUACAAAUCUUUAUAUGACUGUGGAUCCAUAAAUAUCUUUACUAACAUAGUUUAAGGAAUUAGUUUAAGCAUAUAAGUGUAUCUUAGCCGCAUUACUACUAAAUAAAUCAGAUUAUACCCUAUUAAUACAAAAUAUCAUAGUUUUUUUAGUAACCUAUUUUAAGAUUCCAACACAGUCAAUGAAAAUGUGUACACUGAAACUUUAAAAUAAUGUACACACUGGCUACAAUUUGACAGUUGACAACACCCAAAUACUUUUUAAGAGCUGUCGAAACGCGAUUUCUACACAGAUUUAUUAAUAUCAAUAGAAGCUUAUGACGUCACUUGCUCAAUCAAUUAAAAACUCAUUUUACAAUCACACACUCAUUUUAAAUUUUUUUAGACAAAUUUUAGAACUAUUAAGGUGGCAACUAUCAAAUUGUUAGGCUGCCACUCACGGCAACAUUGCCAAAUGUAUGUAUGAGACCACGUGCCAAUAUAAACUUUAAACAAUAAUAACUUGAGCUAAAUAGGUUAGGUUGUUAAGCAUUAGAAGUAUCCGUUAUUCCAUUCCGCCACACCAAAGAAAUCGUAUCUAAAAUAUAUCAAAAUAAGUACAUUUGAUAAGUUAGGACCGGGCUCCCGGACUAUUUAGUGGUUGUUUUUUGGAGUGAUGAAACGGAAUAAGUUGUUAGUUACAUUUUAACGAGUAAUUAAAAUAUUGGAUAACAUAUUGUCAAUACUUAAUACUACAUUAUA